AGAAGAAGAAGUUUACUUCGCUGGUUUGGGGCGGUUGAAGACAACUUAAACCAAGUUGUGCUAGACGAAAUCGCGAUUUUCUUGCGAUUGUGCAGUCCAAACCACCAAUCAGGCAAGGUAGUUUCAUGUAAAGUGCACUUUGUGUCUCUGUGUUUGGACUUUUGCAAACAAGUAGGCUCUGUCUUAGCCAAGAUUUAAACUGUUUUGCGGACGGCUACUGGGCCUCAAAGGCUAAUCGCCAUGAGUUACGGUAGGGCUCCGCCAGACGUCGAUGGCAUGACUUCCCUCAAAGUGGACAACUUAACAUACCGAACAGCGCCAGAAACCCUUAGACGUGUAUUCGAGAAGUAUGGCCGAGUAGGGGACGUAUACAUUCCCCGAGACCGCUACACCAAAGAAAGUCGGGGCUUCGCGUUUGUGCGGUUCCACGACAAAAGGGACGCAGAGGAUGCGAUGGACGCCAUGGAUGGCGCGCUUCUGGAUGGACGGGAGCUGCGGGUUCAGAUGGCUCGGUACGGCAGACCCCCUGAUUCCCACUACAGUGGAGGGCGUCGAGGAGGGCCGCCCAGACGGCACAGCGGACGCCGAAGCAGAAGCUAUUCCCCCAGCCCGAGACACAGACGACGCAGCAGAUCCCGCAGCAGGAGCCGCUCUCGUUCCCGCAGCCGAUCCCGCUACAGCAAAUCCAGGUCCCGGUCCUACUCCCGAUCCAAGUCCCGAUCCAAGUCCCGUUCUCCCAGGACCAAGAAGGCAAAGGCCAAGUCCCAGUCUCGCUCCAGAUCUAGAUCCAGGUCCCGCUCCCGGUCCCGCUCCAGAAGUCGCACGCCCUCCUCCAAAAAAGGGUCCAGAUCAAGGUCUAAAAGCCAGCCCAAGUCGGCAGCAGAAAACGGAGGCGAAUCCCUGUAAAGCUCAGCGUGCCAGCAAAAGGUGACUUCAGAUGUCCAAGACUGGAUCCCACCCAAACAACAGUGUCCUGCUGUUAAAGGUUAUUAUUGUGUCUUCCAUGCUUUGAUUUCUUUUCUCCAUUCGGCCACGAAAGGCCUUUUUCGUUUCAUUGAUGUGCAGUGAUUUUAUUUCGUCAUAAUAGUUUAACAUGGGGAGGAGUUUCUGUUCUGACCUGCUUUUGUAAAGAAAACGCAGGAUAAUAUGCAGUCUGUUCAUGUUUGUACUGGUGGUUACUUUGGCCCUGCGACUUCUUCUCUUUAUGGCCUGCGUCAGGAAGUGAUCACGUGAUCCACUUCAUUACUGGUGGCACAGAGGCGGCUUAGUUAGCUGGCUAACGCAUUCGCUUUGUGAUGCAGGCCUGCGGUGUCACCGUCAGGACAGUCUCACACACACACACAGGCUUGUUUUUCUCACAUCCAAAGCGUUUAUUACUGUUGAUUCUUUUUCAGAAAGUGAUAUAAUCAGCACAGAGUAAAUCCAAAUAAGGUUUGGUUAUGUUUUUGUUUUCAUAUCAAUGCAACUAUUUCAUUAUACUGCAGUAAUCCUUAAAAAAACGUAGCUACCUGCUUCCUUACGAUCUUUCAUUCACAGCACAGAGUGUCUUGUUAGACGUGACAGCAGAUCAUUUUAAUCCUUGUCACUGAACACCAUUUGCAUGUGACAUACAGUAAAUUGACUGAGAUGUUGUAAACUGAAGAUUAUGGAAACCUGUUUCUAACAAUGUGAUGGAAAGCAAAGGCCUUCAACUCUAAAUGAUGACAUAAUAUCUCAAUAUAAUGAGUUCGUGCCUCAGAAUAAUUCUCACUGGGGGGAUUUUCAUAAGAGUUUGUCCUUGUUUUGAUAAAGUUCUUCAUUAAAAACGGUCUUUUUCAUCACAGUAGCAGAAAUGGGCUUCCAUAGAGGCUAAAGUCUAAAAGCUGCCAGUUUGAAGAACAUUUCAGGUUAGUUGAAGGUCACACAGAUUUUAAGGUAUGAGCUCGUCGCCCGUUUAGGGGACUCCCUACAAUGUUUUUUUUUUUCUUUUACAUUUCUGAUCCUAAUCCUGCUUGUAUGUUUUUUUGUGCACUAGGCGCAGUUGUGUAGCAGUUGAGUAUUGCUGGUUAGCUGUUAAGGUGGCGUGUUGCUCUGCUGAGUGCUUGGAUGUAUCCAGUGUUCUCCAGAAUGCUCCUGUGACCGCCGGUGGUGCGGCUGCGACCGUCUCACCCGUUUUGUAUGCUGAAAUGUUGGUCAUGGAUGGGGAAUGUGAUUUUCAUUAAAGAUUUUGCUGUUUUUGUCUA